AAACUUCUGUCCAGCGACGUGACUCACUACAUGAUCCCUGACUGGAAAGUCGUUCAAGAUUACCUGGAGGUCCUGGAGUUUCCUGAGCUGAAGGGAAUUAUUCUCAUGCAAACAGCUUGUCAGGCUGUGCAGCAUCAAAGGGGGCGAAGACAGUACAACAGAGUGCGGAACCUCCUGAAGGAGGCGCGCCGCGACUGCGUGUUCUUUGCUAAUGAGUUCCAGCAGCACUGCUACCUGCCGCGGGGAAGAGGAGAGCCCAUGGAGAAGUGGCAAAGCAGGAGCAUCUACAGAGCAGCCGUUUGGUACCAUCACCACUGCCAGGGCAGAAUGCCCAUUGUUAUGGUGACAGAAGAUGAAGAGACAAUUCAGCAGUAUGGAAGUGAGACAGAAGGCGUGUUUGUGAUUUCAUUCAAGAGCUACCUGGACAAUUUUUGGCCCGACUUAAAGGCUGCCCAUGAGCUUUGUGACUCGAUCCUUCAGACUCGGCGGGAGAGGGAGAGCGAAAGCCAGGAGAGCCAUGGGAAGGAAUACCCGGAGCACCUUGCCCUGGAAGUGUUAGAAGCCGGCAUUAAAUCUGGGCGCUACAUCCAGGGAAUCCUGAACGUCAACAAACACAGAGCGCAAAUGGAAGCAUUUGUUCGUCUCCAAGGAGCCAGCAGCAAAGAUUCAGAUUUAGCCAGCGACAUCCUAAUCCAUGGGAUGAAGGCGCGAAACCGCUCGAUCCAUGGCGACGUGGUGGCUGUGGAACUGCUGCCCAGGGACGAAUGGAAAGGCAGGACGGCCGCUCUGUGUGAGAAUGACAAUGAGGACAAGGCCUCGGGCGAGUCCCCGAGCGAGCCCAUGCCGACAGGCAAAGUGGUGGGCAUCCUUCAGAAGAACUGGCGGGAUUACGUGGUGACAUUUCCAUCCAAAGAAGAGGUCCAAUCUCAGGGCAAAAAUGCUCAGAAAAUCCUAGUGACCCCUUGGGAUUACAAAAUUCCCAAAAUCAGAAUUAGCACGCAGCAAGCGGAAGCCCUCCAGGACUUCAGGGUGGUGGUACGCAUCGACUCCUGGGAGCCCACAUCUGUGUAUCCGAAUGGGCACUUCGUGCGGGUCUUGGGGAGGAUCCGAGAUCUGGAGGGGGAGAUUGCAACCAUCUUGGUGGAAAACGGCAUUUCAGUUGUCCCUUUCUCGGAAGCUCAGAUGGGUGAGAUGCCAGUGAACACUCCAGAAAGCCCCUGGAAGGUGAGCCCUGAAGAGGAACUCAAACGCAGAGAUCUGAGGAAAAGCCACCUUGUCUUCAGCAUUGACCCCAAAGGUUGUGAAGACGUGGACGACACACUCUCAGUCAGAACCUUAGGGAACGGCAGCCUGGAGCUCGGGGUCCACAUCGCAGAUGUGACGCACUUUGUGACACCAAAUUCCUACACUGAUAUCGAAGCCAGAGCACGGGCCACCACCUAUUACUUAGCAGACCGGCGCUAUGACAUGCUGCCCUCCAUCCUGAGUGCUGAUUUGUGUUCCCUCCUGGGAGGCGUUGACAGGUACGCUGUAAGUGUCCUGUGGGAAUUGGAUAAAACCUCCUAUGAAAUUAAGAACGUAUGGUAUGGCCGAACCAUCAUUCGAUCAGCAUACAAACUGUUCUACGAAGCAGCCCAGGAACUACUGGAUGGAAACAUCCGUGUUAUUGAGGAUAUUCCAGAAUUCAAAGACUUGGAUGAGAAACGCAGACAAGCCAAGCUAGAGGAGUUAAUGUGGGCAAUUGGGAAACUGACCGACAUCGCUCGCCAUGUCCGAGCGCAACGAGACCGUUGCGGUGCCCUGGAACUUGAGGGGGUGGAAGUCCGAGUGCAGCUGGAUGAGAAAAAGAACAUCCGUGACCUCCUCCCCAAGCAGCCCCUGGAAGUCCACGAGACAGUGGCUGAAUGCAUGAUCCUGGCCAACCACUGGGUGGCCAAGAAGAUCUGGGAGAGCUUCCCUCACCAGGCCCUGUUGCGACAACACCCUCCUCCACACCAGGAGUUUUUUUCUGAACUCCGAGAAUGUGCAAAGGCGAAAGGCUUCUCCAUCGAUACAAGGUCCAAUAAAACCCUGGCUGAUUCUCUGGACAAGGCAGACGACCCCAGUGACCCCAUUGUGAACAGGCUGCUGCGCGCUAUGGCUACGCAGGCCAUGUCCAACGCCCAGUACUUUUCCACUGGCAGCUGCGCAGAGGAAGAGUUCCUCCAUUAUGGUCUGGCACUGGAUAAAUACACUCACUUCACGUCCCCAAUACGGAGAUAUUCUGAUAUUAUAGUACACCGAUUGUUAAUGGCGGCCAUCUUGAAAGAUAAGAAACUGGACGUUAAGGAGCAGCUGCCCAGCAAUAAAGAUCUUGAGGAGCUAUGCAGGCACAUCAACAACAGAAACCGAGCAGCACAGCACUCCCAGAAGCAGUCCACGGAGCUUUUCCAGUGCAUGUAUUUCAAAGACAGAGACCCCAACACCGAGGAGCGGUGCACAUCGGAUGGUGUCAUCUACUCCAUCAGAACAAACGGCGUGCUUGUAUUUGUACCAAGGUUUGGGAUUAAAGGGGCUGCUUACCUAAGAAAUAAAGACGGCUUAGUGAUCUCAUGUGGCCCAGACACCCAUUUGGAAUGGAAGCCAGGAUCCCUUCAACGAUUCCAAAACAAAAUCACCUCUACCACUACAGAAGGGGACUCUGUGACGUUCCAUUUGUUUGACCACGUGACAGUCCGGGUAACUGUACAAGCCUCACGGUGCCAUUCGGAUACCAUCCGGCUUGAGAUAAUAAGCAACAAGCCGUACAUGAUAGCAAAUACAGAACUUUCUCACCAGAGCCCGCUUCUGCUGAAGAGCGAGAUCGUGAAGGAAGUGACGAGGUCUGUGGAGGAAGCGCAGCUUGCCCAGGAAGUACAAGGAAACACCCUUCAGGAAGAGUAUCGAGAAUAUUGCCAAACGAAGGGGAGAAGCCUGUACGCACUUCUAGAGGAGAUCAGGGACCUAGCCCUCCUGGAUGUUUCCAACAAUUACGGAAUGUGAAACACUGAUUUCCUAAAGGAGCUUUACUGCCAAUGGCUAUUUCAGUGUUCCCAACAUCCAGACCUAAUUUGUGUGUGACCAGUCCCUCAAGGAUUGGGUAGCCAUUUCACACGUCAAAUGUUUUCUCAUAAUCCAAGUUGCUUCAAAUAAAGUGUACAAAUGAGGUCACUAAGGAAA